AUAUUUGAUCCAUCAUGGGGAAGGAAGAGUGCAAGACAAUGCUGGACGCUUUGAAUAAAGUGACCGCCUGCUACAGGCACCUGGUCAUCGCCCUCGGGAGCACCUCGGACUCGCAGAACCUGCGAGAGGAGCUGAAGAAGACCCGCAAAAAGGCCCAGGAGUUGGCCGUGGCCAACAGGACUAAACUGACCUCUCUGCUCAAAGACAAGACCAUCAGCAAAGAGGACCGGGCCGAGUACGAGCGCCUGUGGGUGCUGUUCUCCAGCAGCAUGGACCUCCUGGAGGUGGACAUGAAGAGGUCCCUGGAGAUCGGGCAGGAUUUCCCCCUCAAGGUGCCGACCAGGCACCUCAUCCAGACGGGGAUGACCGGCAGCACCACCACGGUGGCGGCCCGGGCCAUGAGCGUGCAGAACAUGAAGUACGAGGCGGACAGCAACAUCGACACGGCGGACCUCCGGGACCUGCAGUCCGAGAUCACCCAGGUGAGCCAGAUGAUGGAGGAGAUGGAGAUGAAGGUGCAGGUGGCGCCGUGGGCCGUCGAGGCGAAGCAGGAGGCGGGCGCCGAGCUCAAAUCCAACAUGAGUGUAGGAAAUUCCUCCGUGGGAGUCAUCUCCAUCUGCGAAGAGGAGCCCAAAGAGGAGGAGGGCGGAGGCGGCAGGGACGCCGGCUUCGCGUCCAUCUGCGCCGUGGUUGGAUUCUUUGUCAUCAUCACAGUCGCCGUGGUUCUGGGAUAUCUGGUCGUCAAUAUGUCCUGAAAAGGUGCAACCAGCAGCCCGGCCCGACGGACCCGCUGCGAGCCAGCCCGCCCGCGGGCGCGUCCCCGCGGGGAAGAGCCGCCGGCAGCUCCACGGCACAGGAAGAGCGUCUCUGUGGAGCUCCAGGAGCUGAAACAUUGCGGAAACAAGAAGUUACUAUUUUUUCUCGGCUAUGUGAAUGUAUUCGGAGGAGCUGAGGAGUUGCACUAGAUAAUGAAAAUACUCUAGAACU